GCCAAACACUGUGUACUUAUAUUAUCCUUUCACACCCCGCCGACAAACUCCACAACUGCACAAGCAUACUUCCCACUCCAACAUCACGACCGAUACCGACGCUCGUCGCAAUUUCUCCUCACAGUUAAUCGAGAAACCUCGUCAAUAUGCCUAAGAAUAAGGGAAAGGUAAGCACCCCCGCCACUGUGUGAAUAGAGGCGAUGUUUGCAAGCUGACACGAGGAAACAAUAGGGUGGUAAGAAUCGUCGUCGUGGAAAGAAUGAAAACGACAACGAGAAGCGUGAGCUCACCUUCAAAGAAGAAGGCCAAGGUACGUCAUUCGCGAUAUAUACUUCUCAAUCCAAACCCUCCCACUACCCCGCCAUUCUGCCAUCCUGCCAAUGCUCCACCGCUAACCACCAAGCGCACCAACAGAAUACGCACAAGUCCUCAAAAUGUUAGGCAACGGUCGCCUUGAAGCCCUCUGCUUCGACGGCUCCAAACGACUUGCCCACAUCCGUGGAAAACUUCGAAAGAAGGUCUGGAUCAACCAAGGAGACAUCAUCCUCCUUUCGCUCCGAGACUAUCAAGACGAGAAAGGCGACGUAAUCCUCAAGUACUCUGCCGACGAAGCGCGUAGUCUGAAAGCGUACGGAGAACUUCCUGAGUCCGCCAAGAUCAACGAGACGGAUACCUACGGCCAAGAGGGAGACGGAGACUGCAAUUUCGAAUUCGACGAGGACCGAAGCGAGAGUGACGAUGAUGACGGAAAGGGUGGAAAGGAGAUUGAGAUUGACGACAUCUAAAUGUGUGGGCGGAAAAUACAUCUUUCGCAUCUCUGGGGUGUGUUGGUACGUGCUUGGAAGUACUUGCAACCUCACACAACUGGACAAGUACCUUCCAACGCAAGACAAGGGCUGGUGGUAAUCCAACCGGGGGAAAACAAAGGACAUUACCGCGAUGGAAAAAAUACAAGGAAAGAAAGACUGUCUUCUCUCUCAAUCUCAUGGAAUCCCGGGUCAAGAUCGAGACCCUCCAUGAGAACCUCGACAGCAUUUUCUUAUGAAAUGGCUUCUUCUGACUGAUCCGAUGGGUUUUGCGACGGGAGAGACGUUGUCGAUUCAUCGGAUUGGGACUUUUACUUCUUUUUCUCUGUUUCUUUCCGCUCUGCUUAGGGAGGGGACUUCUAAAUCUGGUGUUGGGAUGGUUUCUCCCUG